AUGUCGACGAACGGGGUUCGAAGAAGCACUGCUUUUAUGGGCGAUGCGAGUCGUGAAGAUCGCGAUCGGUCUCCUCACGUAGAAGCAUUAAGGUUGGGUUAAAGGUGUUCCUGUUGCCGUUCGUUUUGCCUGUCUGAAGGGGGAAAGGCAUAACGAACGGGGUAAACGAACACCAAAAGCCUAUCCCUAAUCGAAGACUCUUCGCAGGCGGACGUCGAGCCUGCUGCUGUGUCACCAGGGAACGAAGACCUUCCUGCUGAAGAGUCCUCGCCGAAAGAACUUCCUGCUGUGCCGCCACCGGUUCCGUCGUCGGUGCCUGAGCC